CCCCUCACAGUUUUAUUUCUUUUCUAAUCUCUCUCCAAUCUCUGCUUGCUUGCCUUAUUUACCUAAGCUAAGCUAAGUAUUGGAGCUAGCUAGGGUUUCUUUCAAGAAACAACUGUCCUGGCCGACUAAAAGAGUUGCCGAUGAAGAGAUCCAUAGGUGAAACCGAGUUUAUCGAUAGCAUCUCGAUGGCCAACUGCUUGAUAUCGCUGUCACGAGGCCCCGAUGUGGACCUGGCUGAGGGGGACUUGUCUCCUGGCCGGGUCUUCGAGUGCAAGACCUGCAACCGCCAGUUCCCUUCGUUCCAGGCCUUGGGGGGACACAGGGCUAGCCACAAGAAGCCGAGGCUGAACCCUCCUGAGGACCAGGAGACCGCUGGGCCUGGAUCACCCAUGAAGCCCAAGACCCAUGAGUGCUCCGUGUGCGGGCUUGAGUUCGCGAUUGGGCAAGCCCUGGGAGGCCACAUGAGGAGGCACAGAUUGAACAUGAAUGACCAUCACCCGCACGAGGCGACCCUGAGCACGGCUCUCAGCCUCCUCCCUCCACCACCAUUGACAGCUCGGCAUGUGGGACCGGUCGUGAAGAAGUCGAAUGGCCAGAGGGUCCUGUGCUUGGAUUUGAACUUGACUCCAUCGCAGAAUGAUACGAACUUUAGGCUUGGGAAGGCUGCAGCACCCGCUCUUGAUUGUUUCCUAUGAUAUAUGUGCACAUAUCACACACACACACACACACACACAUACAUACGUCUUGUAUUUCUCCUGAUAGUGAAUAUAGGGAAAUUUUUUUAUCUAUAUUUUUGUUUCGUUUCAAUACAUAAAUACAUGAUGUUCAUUAAUUAGAAGAACGACAGGCCAAUUCUUGAUA